AAAGUCUAAUUGAAAUAAUGAAUAAAAUGUCAAUCGCCAAGAAGUUUGUACCGCUAUUUGACCGUGUAUUGGUCACAAAAAUAAAACCAGACAACAAGACAAAAUCGGGGCUGCUGUUGCCGGAAUCCUCUAGUUUGUCUUCUAGAUUAGCGACGGUGCUUGCUGUUGGAGCUGGAAGAAUUACACCAAAGGGUGAUCUAGUGCCACCUACACUGAAACAAGGUGACACAGUAGUUAUCCCAGAAUAUGGAGGUAUGGAAUUAAAGCUGGAUGGAGAAAGGUAUUCGGUUUUCCGUGAAGAAGAUAUUAUUGGUGUAAUAAAUAAUGAUUAGAAUUAUAAGUCUAGGAAUCAUACACUUAGCUUUAGUUGUUCACAGACAUCGGAACA